GGACCUUUUAAUUCUUCGUCUUCUUCUCGACUGCAACGACCUUUUCGUUGGUCUCUUUCUUCAAACACCUCAUUUACGUUUUCCAUGGUGGUUUUUGUGUAUAUAGAAGUAUAGAACUCCCCAUUCUCUGGGUCUCUCUCUCUUUGUGCGUUGGUUUUGUAUAUUCCACUUUGAAGAAGUAUGUUUGAUUCUUAUCAGCAGCUUGCGGCUGGGCCUUCUUAUCAAGAGUCCCUCAUGGUUCUUGAGGCUGAUAUUCAGCAUGCCAACGUACUGGCAGCUUCUAUUUCAAGAGGCAAGGGUGGCGCUUGUUUUCAAAUGAAAUUGGUUUACAAUCACUUGGCACCCAUUUUCUUGUUUCUGCUUCAAUGGAUUGAUUGCUCAUGUACAUGUCUACUUUCAAGUUAUUUAAACCUUUUUCAAGUAGUUGUAUUUAAGGUGUGUGCGGAUGGGAAGCCAAAUAUCUCUUCAUGCGGAAGGAAAGCUACCAUCAGAGAAUUCUACACUGUUAUAUUACCAUCUCUUCAGCGUCUCCAUGUUGACUCAUUAGAAUUUGAAACUACUCAUGAGGAUGUCCAUGGCUUGGAGAUGGUUGUCCGUAAGAAAUUAGAGGAUAAGAGAAAGCUUUCAGAUUUGGACUUGGAGAGAGAAGAUGAGUGUGGGAUAUGCUUGGAGCCUUGCACCAAAAUGGUUUUGCCAAACUGCUGUCAUGCCAUGUGCAUCAAUUGUUACCAUAACUGGAACACAAGAUCAGAAUCUUGCCCAUUCUGCCGGGGAACAAUAAAGAGAGUUAAUUCAGGGGAUUUAUGGGUUCUGACAUGCAGUAAUGAUGUGGUAGAGACUCAAACUGUGUUGAAGGAGGAUGUAUUGCGGUUCCAUCUUUUUAUAAACAGCCUCCCUGAGGAUAUCCCAGAUGCUUUAUUUUUAAUGUAUUAUGAGUACUUAUUUUAAUCUAAUAGAUAAGAAGAAUGGUGUACAGAAAAAGCCAUUUGCACAUAAUCUGCUGAGGUUGUCACAUAAAAAAUUUCACUCCCAGUUCAUAGUUUGCAGAAUAAUGUAUAUGCUGUGUAAGAGACCCAAUUGCUGAUAUUGAAAUGCACUUCUUUCCGGCAUGAUAUUGCUUGGGUGUUCAUUUGUUGAGAUUUCACUAGAGGUCUGAUGUGAUAUCUUGCAUUAAACUGAGAAGACCAUUUGUAUUGUUGAAGCAAUGUAUGCGUCUUAGUUUA